AUGAAGCUCGCUUCGUUAUUGGGAGCUUCAAGUUUCGUACUGGGUACGGUGUUAGCCCAGCAGCUUCCCUUGAAGACGGACAGCCGAUGGAUUCUGGAUGACGCCGGCGACCGGGUCAAGUUUCGCUGCAUCAACUGGCCCGGGCACAUGGAGGCCAACAUCCCCGAGGGUCUCAACAAGCAGUCCAUUGACUUUAUCGCCGACUUUAUCCAGCAGCAAGGCUUCAACUGUGUGCGCCUGACCUACUCAAUCGACCACGCCCUCGACCCAGGCGUCAGUGUCCAAGAGUCCUUUACCGCCGGCGCCAGCGCUGCUAAUGUGUCCGCGGAUGCCUUUAAUGCUAUCUAUGCCCAAGUGGCGGAGAAGAAUCCCUUUGUCGAGAAUGCAACCACCCAGGAUGUCUUUGCUGCGGUGAUUGAUGCUCUCUGGGAGAGAAAGGUCAUGACGGUACUCGACAACCAUGUUAGCAAGGCUAGCUGGUGCUGUAACCUGGACGAUGGAAAUGGCUGGUGGGACGAGGCUCAAGCCUACGUAGCAUCCAACAGCCGCUUCUUCAACACGCAAAACUGGCUCGACGGUCUGGCUGCCAUGGCCACUUUUGCCACGAGUCACCCGGGCGUGGUCGCCAUGUCGCUCCGCAACGAGCCGCGACCCUACCCGGUCCUGCAGGACGUGUUUGACGGACACGGCGCCUGGUACAACUUCAUGCAGCAGGGCGGCGAGCGCGUCCACGAGGCCAACCCCGACGUCUUGGUACUGGUCGGCGGCACGCAGUCGACGCAGGAUCUGGCUUUCCUCAAGGCCAAGAAUCUGGAUUACAGCGCCUGGGCCGGCAAGCACGUCUGGGAGAUGCACGCGUACGAGUUUAGCGUCACGUACGCCGCGGCGGGCGAUAACUGCGACGCAAAACAGGCCCUGUACGGUCUCUUUGACGGGUUCGUGCUCGCCCAGGGCGAGGCUUACACGGCGCCCCUGUUCCUGUCCGAGUUUGGCGUCGACCUCACCACUGGGCCCAAUAACGGCCUGACGGAUGCCGGGCAGACCUUUUAUGAUUGUAUCAAGCAGUACAUGACUGGCAACGAUAUGGACUGGGCGCUCUGGGCUAUUCAGGGCUCGUACUAUGCCCGCAAUGGCGCGACCGAUGUUGAGGAGACUUGGGGCUUCAUGAACAAGGACUGGACCGGAGUGAGGAAUGAGAACUUUUACACGUCCAUGGCGGAUCUGUUCAAGGUGACGCAGGGCCCAUAA